AUGCCUAACAUUUGCUCAGCCUGCCCGAAGAAAUUCACUCUUCCAGAAACUGGUUCUGGCAUUUGUCAGUCGUGUAAUGAAUUUUAUUGUUCAGACUGUUCUUCAACUGGUCCAGAUCGUACAACUUUAUGCAACCGGUGCAGAGUUUUACAGUCAAAUCAAGCUAACUGGGAUUCAGUAAUGGGUCUUAAUAUCCGUGAUUUAAAAUGGUUUAUGCGACGUCGUAAUAUACCUUUCGUUGGUCUGAUUGAGAAAGAGCAAUUUGUGGAUGCAGUGCUGAGCAGUCUAGGCAUUACCACCCGAAGUACAAACGCUGAUGACCAUUUGUUUCCAGACUCAACAAAACGUAAUAUUAAACUUGAAGAUUUGAUGUCAGAAGAAUCCAUUGAAAAUCUUUCUGUUCGUCAGAUCAAAGAUCUUUUAGUCUAUAAUUUUGUUGACUUCACUCAUUGUGUUGAAAAAGCUGAACUUAUUGCCAGAGCGAAACAGUUAUGGCGCAAUUACAAACAGCAACAACCACUCAUAUUUGAAGCUCAAGAAGCAAUAGAGUUUGAAGAUUGUCAGAAUGCUGGAACAUCGAGUGAAAAAUGUCCAGCUGAUUUGAAUGAUGAAUGCGGGAUUUGUAUGGAAGCUCCAAUUAAUUGUGUCUUUUUAGAAUGUGGUCAUUUAUUUUCUUGUGUUGAUUGCGGAAGAAAGCUGACUGAAUGCCCACUAUGUAGACAAAGCAUUGUCCGCGUUGUACGUACAUUCCGUGUCUAA